AUGGCAAGGGCUUCAGUGCUACCGUGGGUCCUGCUGAUGGCCUCGGUCGCACUGUUCGGCCUUGGCGCACCGUUUGCAAACGGCGCAUCAUCGAUCACGGUCGAAAAGUCGGCAUACAAAAACGUCGUGUUCGAGAUCCGGGAUAACGUCCCAGUGGAUAACUGCCAAACGAUACUGCAGAACCUAGAGAUUAUGCUGACAUCCGCCUCGCAGUACCUGUUUAAUGCGCUCGAUAGUCGCGUAUACUUCGGCGAAGUGUCCGUGAUCCUGCCGAACCAUUGGCCGCAGUCCUGCAUCCCGUACAACCAGACACGCACAUCGGCGAGUGGCGAAACGGCGGAUGUUACAAUCCGGCCACACACCAAGGCGGAACCCUCGAUCUGGACGCAACAGUACGCCGGAUGUGGCGAGUCCGGUGAGCAGAUCUACAUCGAUCCGGAGAUCCUGGGCCGUGAAACGAUCUGGCGGGAGUUUAUCCGCGAAUGGGCCAAAUAUCGGUACGGUGUGUUCGAUGAAAUCGGGUACGAUCGCGAUCCGGUGUACCCGCGGUGCUACAUCAACGAUGAGCAUAAGGUCAAGCUGACGGGCUGCUCGGACGCUCCCGUCAACGAUGAAGGACUCUGUGGAAGCCCAUCCUCACCGGUGCCAGUGCCGUACAACAUCAGCCGCGUGCUGGAUCCAAACGCGCGCACUAGCAUCAUGUUUGCCGCCGAAUCCAAGAGCGUUACCAUGUUCUGUGAUGAGGGCACGCACAACCGGUACGCACCUACAAAACAUAAUCAGAUGUGUGACCGGCGGAGUACCUACGAUGUGAUCCUGAAGCACACGGACUUUGCGCCCCAGAACCAGAUGGAGUUCAACCCGUCGGUGAUCAUCAACACCGUGCCAAAGUUCAGCUACAAAUCGCGCAAGCUAACGCGUUACGUGCUCGUGAUCGGACAAACGUUUGUGAUGCGCGAACGCGAAACCUGGAGCUUCCUGCGGCGUGCCAUCCGGAAGUGGAUCGUGUACGAUCUGCCAGCAACCAAGACGGAGAUUGGGAUUGCGUUGGCCAAUGACACGGCGACAUACGACACGUUGCCGAUCACCUCACUGCAGAUCGAGAAGAAUAAGGACCGGAUUGCGUCCUUUAUCCCGUAUACCUCGAGCGAUCUGAAUCGACCAACUUGUCUGAGCUGUGGCAUCUCGGAUGCGAUCCACAUGCUGAACGAGCAGACACGCCACCAUGGACCGGCCAGUUCGAUCAUUCUGGUGAUCGCACCCGGGAUGGACAUUGAGCACGAAUCGCUAGCACGCUCGGCCCGAGCUUCUAAGAUCCGGAUCGCGACCAUCAACUACCCGGUGGUGGAACCACGCCGUCCACUGGACGCACUAGCGCACGAAACCGGUGGCAGCGCGUACUCCGUGUUCGAGUGUCGUGAUAACUCGGAAAAGUCGCUGGUCACCACGUACUUCGAGCUGUCGAACGCGCUCUUCAACAUCGGUAAGCUGUACUACGAAGGUAACCGGAACGAGUUCCCGGUGGAGAUUUUCCGGCGCGUGCUAGUCGAUUCGGUAGGUGAAACGAACUCUCAGCGCAGCAGCCGUACGGUAACGGGCAACUUCAUGCUAGACCCGUUCAUGGGUCCACCGGCCGAGUUCUUCAUCUACGUGCACAACUCCGAAAACCCGCUCGUCUCGAACGUGCGCCUUACGAACCCAAACGGCAUCGUUUACUCCUCCAUGAGUGACGCACGCGCCUCCGUACGGCAGCUAUCGCUGCUUUCCACGAUCAACGAAACUGGCAUCUGGAAUUACUCGAUCGAACGGUUCCAGGGCAAUCCGCAGCCUCACUACGUGCAGGUGAUUGCGACACCUCGCUCAAAGUACGCUCCCGUCAUCGCAGCUCGAGCCUGGGUUCAACGUGGCAAGGCCGGUGGCCCUAUCGUGGUGUACGCCGAGGUUAAGAAGGGUGAUCUCCCGGUGGUGUCGGCACAGGUCGAAGUCACCGUCACGAAGCUGGAGCGCAUCUGCGAGCGGUUCCGUGAACCAGUGGUACAAGGUACUGAGCGUUUCUUGCUACUUGACACCGGCGCUGGUGAUCCGGACAUCACUAAAGGCGAUGGCGUGUACUCGAGGUACUUCAACGCGGACGAGUUCGGUGGUCCAGGAACGUACCAACUGGAGGUGACUGUGAGCGAUCGAGGCAAUACGGCCUACACGCUAGCGGAUGGAGCAAGUUACACCACGGCGUCUGGCGGACAACCGGGACGUUGCUGCGGUAGUACGGUGCCCAUCCCUCAGAAGCAAUCGCUGGACUCCUUCGAGCGCAUCCUGUCGCCGGUGACGAUCUUCGUCUCUCAAGCGGACCUGAUCAACGUCGCUAAGGUACCGGUGGGUCGCAUCAGUGAUCUCAGUGCCGACGUGGAAGGCAUGAAAGUGCGGCUUAGUUGGACUUCACCUGACAUGGGCGGGAAGAACGUGGCUCGGUACGAGGUAAAGUACGCCACCACGAUCAAGGACAUCGUGGAUAACUUCGACACGGCGGCCGUGCUGUGGCACCAUGACACUCCGUUCACGUUCUCCAUCGGUGAGGGUAGCGAAUUUACGAUGAAUAUCACCCACGAGCCGCAUCUGUUCGGUCAGAUCCUGUACUUUGCCGUGCGGCCAUACGCGACACUCACGAAGGACGCGGAACCAGGACCAAUCUCGAACUACGUGCGUGCGUUCGUGAUGAAACCCAAGCCGACGACACUGUUCCCGCCACCAUCUACGGGCGGCACGGAAAGCUACGAUUCAAUUUGGUCUUCGUACGACGGCAUCGCCAAGAACGGAGACGACAGCAUGGACAUCAUCCCGCGCAUCGCGAAAUCUAUGGAUCUAGGUCCAGAGCUGCUGUUACCCAUCAUCGCCGGCAUCAUUCUGCUGCUGGCGCUCAUUCUCAUCUACUGCUGGUUCUGUGUGGUAAAGAAACGUCACGACACGCACGACGACGAGCAGAAGAAGCCGAUCAAGUCGUUCAAAAGCGACACCAAGCUCACCACCAGCCACAGCGUGAUCGUGACGGCAGCCGGUAACGGAUCAUCGCCUUCAUCCAACUCGACCACGUCGUCGUCCUCGUCACCGAACCAUCAGGCAACUGGUCACGGUCAAACUACGCUCCCACAAUCCAACUCGUACGAUCUGGGACUCGGUGAUCACCAGACGGUGGGCAUUCCAACGAUCUACAACAUCGACGAUGACGUGUUGCUGGCCAAGAAGCGCUAUAGUGCCGUCAUCAACAUGGGCCCACCGGCCCACCCGAUGGAGCAACAGCUUAUCGAGGAGCUCAAGCAGCAGCAGCACAUCAUCGACACGCAGUCCUUCAUCAUGCCAGGACACGGUGGUCCCACCGGUAACGGAUCGAUCGUGCAGAACAACAACAACAACAACUGCAGCGUGAGCAUCAUCUCAACCACCUCGAACAACACCACGCUAACGCGCACGUACAACCCAAGUACGGGCACGAUCAUGGUCGGUGGACGCACGCUCAGCCCAUACGAGUCCUGGUCGGCAUCGCAACUGCUGCAGGAGCAUGAGCAACAACACCAGCGACGCCACAGCCCACCGCUUAUCGAGGAUCUCAUCGACAACAACGUGCAGCAGUCGUUCUACAACGCCGGUCAACCCCACGGGCAACAGCUUCACCAGCAACACGCGCACGUGCUCGGUCAACCUGGCUCGGAUCAGCUGUCGCUGCUCAACAACAACCACCUGAACGAGAACGGUUCGCCACCGGUGCCGCCAUUGCCGAUCUACACCACAAGCCCAAGCGUGGGUCCUACGCCGUCCGCAACCGUGGGCAAUACGACGUCCUACGUGUAUGGCCAUGGCCAGAGCCACGGGUCGUCGGUGAGCUCGGUGAACAGUGGUCUUGGUGGGGCACAAAAUGGCGGAUCCGCGAUCAGCGGCACUGACACGAAGAAGCGCCGUAAUGUGACCAUGGUCUAAGGAUCCAAGCAAGGAUUUGGAGUCUCGAGGACUUGGGCACCGAAGAACGGCAUCGGCAGCAGAGUCUCGCCUUUCCAAAGAAUGCUAUUUCGGGCCGAUCUGGUCAUGCGGCUUCUUCGAAGAACCCACCAACCUUGGUGCCCUUGAGCCCGGGUGUCCGUGAUCCGUAAAGUGCGAA